UGCAGUUUGUCUGAGUUGGAUUUAGUUGGUGGGAGAUCCAAAAAGACCCAAAAAUCCAUUUAUUGUGCAAUUGCGCGUUGUAGUUUUCAAUAUCGUGGGAUGUCCCUGAAUUAAAACUCGAGUUUGUCUGAGUGCCCUUGCCAAUAUCAGUGUUUGGUUGGGUCUGUUUUUCCGGUAGGGGAACCGCAGCGAAGCCGAAACGCCCACCCAGAUUCGUCGAAACGGGGCUUUGCCAAACAAUCGUAGGAAUUGGGGUGGGGUUAGGGCUCCGAAAUUACCAUUUCCCUUGAUAAAACAGAUUAAAUUUUAGUCGGAAGUCAGCUACUUCAAUGGAAGCGGAUUUCGUGUCCAGUGGCAUGCUCAUAGAAGAACCCUCUGAGGCUGAUGACAAUGCGAACACUGAUAAUUUAUUUAUUGACGGGGAAAGAUGUGGAAUUUGCAUGGAUAUUGUCAUUGACAGGGGAGUUCUGGAUUGCUGUCAACACUGGUUCUGUUUUGCAUGCAUUGACAACUGGGCUACCAUCACAAAUCUCUGCCCGCUUUGCCAGAAUGAGUUUCAGUUGAUCACAUGUGUUCCAGUAUAUGAUACGAUUGGAAGCAGUAAGAUCGAAGAUGACAUGUUAUCAAGAGAUGAUGACUGGUCCAUUGAAGGGAAGAAUAACACUCUGUCAUUUCCCUCAUACUAUAUUGAUGAAAAUGCAGUUAUUUGCUUGGAUGGUGAUGGCUGCAAAAUUCGAAGUGGGUCAGCAACUAUUGAAGGUGAUUUGAGCCUUGAUACAUCAAUUGCUUGUGAUUCAUGUGAUAUAUGGUAUCAUGCUUUUUGUGUGGGAUUUGAUCCUGAUGGUACAUCUGAUAUUACAUGGUUAUGUCCGAGAUGUGUGCCAGAUAAAGUUACUGAGAACAUGGAUGCCAGUUCAUUGGAGAAGACAGCUACGGAAAUUAACCUAGAAAAUGGUAACAAGGAAUGUCAGGCUAAGGAAUCUUUUUCACGAAAAGUUUCUGUAUCUGUUGCUGAUGCUGGAGAGACAGCUGUUGUUGUCUCUUUGGUUGAUGGAAACCAAUGGAUUCCAGCAUCAAGUGGGAAGGGUUUGUCACCCCUUGAAGCUAGCAAGAAUCCAAUGACUGAAUCAUGUGUUUCUGUAUCUGACGCAAAUAAUCACCAAAGUAAUACAGAGGAGACUAUUAAUUCACCAACGGAGCAACAGGAGCUGGAGCUAUCCUUGUCACACAAUGUGGUCUGUAGCUUGCCCUCUAACACCUUAGGGCUCGAUGAUUUGAAAAAAGGAACUUAUGAAGAAAUAAGUGAUCCAAGCUGCUUAAGUGGAACCAAGAUAUUAAAUGAAUCCCAUGACAGUGCUAGUACAUCUAGAUCUGAUAUGGGUCUUCAUCUUGGUUUGUCAGUGGGCUCCUUUUUAUGUGUUGAUGGCACAGACAUGAAUGCAACAAUAGAUCAAGAAACUGAUCUCCAGCAGUCAAGUUCAGAAGAAUUUACUUUGAAAGGAGAUGAAAUGGAACAAAAUGCUCUUAUGGACAAUGCCAGAGUAAUGGAUGGAAAGAGGAAGCAUGCUGAUUAUAGUCAUGAUGAGGUUCAUAUAGAAGUUGAUGGAGAUGCCGAACUCAAGCCUGAAGUUGAAGUGUUGCAAAAGAAACUUAAAACUGAUGGCACUCUACUGAUUAAUCACAAGAACCUAGCAGGCGCUCCUCUUUCAGAUGAUACUAAAACAAACCCUUCUACUAAACCUGUUUCCAGACAUGACGAUGGAAAGCAUCAUUCAACAAAGGAGAAUGCUGCAUCAGAUAUAAUGAGUAUAGUUAAAGGCACAAAGUGGAAGCCUCCAAAGGGAACUCCUGGCAUCAAAUCUUGUGAUAAAUUAUCUGAAAACAAUGAAAAUAUUGUGGGUUUGAGGGUAAAAAAGAUCAUGAAGAGAGCUCCUGAUCAUGAGGAGUCAUCCUUAGUUCAAAACCUAAGGGAGGAAAUUAGAGAAGCUGUCCGCAACAAAUCCUCUAAAAAUUUUGAAGCAAACCUUGUUGACACAAAGCUUCUUGCAGCAUUCAGGGCUGCAGUAGCAGGGCCUAAACCUGAACCUGUAAAUAAGCUGCCCACUAUGGCUUUGAAGGCAAAGAAGUCAAUGUUGCGGAAAGGUAAAGUUCGUGAACAUCUAACUAGGAAAAUUUUUGGGGCUUCAAAUGGAAGAAGAAAGCGUGCCUGGGACAGGGACUGUGAAAUUGAAUUUUGGAAAUAUCGUUGCAUGAGAGCAUCGAAGCCUGAAAAGAUUGAAACUUUGAAGUCAGUUCUGGAUCUUCUGAGAAAAAGUUCUGGGAGUGCAGAAGCAAAAGAGGAUCCUGACGGUCAGGCAAAAAAUUCUAUUCUUUCCAGGUUGUAUUUAGCAGAUACAUCUGUUUUCCCGCGAAACAAUGAUGUCAGGCCACUUUCUGCCCUUGAAACUGCUGCUAACUCAGAGCAGAAUAAAAAGCCUAACCUAUCAGGAAAAGCAUCAAAUCAGUCUCUUGAUAAUAGUCUUGUCAAAGCAAAAGAGAUAAAUAAGGUUUUUCCAAAGGCCAGGGAUUGCUCAUCUGAAAAUAAAGCAAAUAAGAAGGUUGUACACAGCUCAGUUGGGGGUAAUUCAGCUUCUGGGAAAGUACCUUCAAGCAGACAAUCAGAAGGGGCAACAGGUUCUUACUCUGGUGGUUCCAGAGUUGACUUGAAGGAGUCAUGCAUUAAAUCUGAUUGUAUAAAGAGUGACAAAAGAAAAUGGGCCUUGGAGGUUCUUGCAAGAAAAGCAGCUUCUGCUGGCAAGAAAAUGACAAAUGACGGUCACGAAGAUAAUGCAAUGCUUAAAGGAAAUUAUCCUUUGCUGGCCCAAUUGCCAGCUGAUAUGAGACCAGUAUUGGCACCUAGUCGCCACAAUAAAAUUCCUAUAUCAGUCAGGCAGACACAACUUUUACGGCUGACCGAACUCUUCUUGAGGAAUGCAAAUCUGUCGGUCAUUCGCAGAACUGCAGAUACAGAAUUGGCUGUUGCAGAUGCCAUUAAUAUUGAAAAAGAGGUGGCUGACAGAUCAAACAGCAAGCUAGUGUAUCUGAAUCUCUGUUCACAGGAGCUCUCUCACCGCUCAAAUAACAGAAAAUCCAAUGGAGCAACAGAUAUAACUCCGCAGGUCUCAUCAGCAGUCCCAACUGAUAGAUCAGAACACAAUACUGAAGAUGAUCUUUCAACUGACUCUGCAGUUCAAAUAGCCCUUAAAAAUGCUGGUCUUUCGUCUGAUUCUCCUCCUGGUAGUCCAAGUGAGAAAAGAGAAAUAUCCAAUAGCGAAGAUGAUCUUUCAGGGCCUGAUAAUAUUCUUGAACUGGAUUCUCAAACAGAUACGGAUAUUUAUGGGGACUUUGAGUAUGAUUUGGAAGAUGAAGAUUACAUCGGUGCAGGCGUUGCUAGAGGCUUAAAUUCACAAGAAGAAGAAAGCGAGUCAAAAAUGAAACUAAUUUUCUCAACUAUGAAGAGUUCAGAUACGGCUUUGGAUUGUAUGGGCUCUGAGAGGUUGGAAAACAAGGAAGUUCCACGAGAUGCCCCCUGCUCAUCAGAUCAUGAUGAUGCAGGCAACAGGGACUCUGCAAUUAAUGCAGAGACUGGCGAUCCUUCGGCUCCUUCCGAGGCCUUUCUCAGGGAGCCAUGUGAUGUAGAAUGCGAGGAAUUAUAUGGUCCAGAGAAAGAACCCCUGACAAAAAAAUUUCCGAACGAGGAAUUUUUAACAUUACAUGGAGAGGACAAGUCAGGAACGUCCUCUGAAGGCAAUGACUGUCAUAAUGAAGAACAAGCAUCAGACCAAGCAGUCAAUGCAUCUGUGUCUGGGAAUGACAAACUUGCGAAGAAUAUGUGGGCGACUGCUAUGACUGACAAUUCAUCUAAUGUAUCUGAUAAUAGUGAAAAUUUACGGAGGAAGGGGGAUAAAUCUGACACUGCUGCUGAGCAGUCUGGCUCUGCAAAUCAUAUAGUUAGAAAGGUUGAAGCUUAUGUCAAGGAGCAUGUCAGGCCACUGUGCAAGAGUGGUGUGAUCACAGCUGAACAGUACAGGUGGGCUGUUGUAAAAACGGCGGAAAAGGUUAUGAAGUACCAUUGCAAAGCCAAGAAUGCCAAUUUCCUUAUAAAGGAAGGUGAGAAAGUGAAGAAACUCGCAGAACAGUAUGUUGAAGCUGCCCAACAUAACAGAAAAAAUUGAUUCCUUGUAAACUUUUUUGUUACUGAACCCCUCCAGAAUCUUGCUCUAAUUGUACAGCUGUUCCUUUGCUUUGGAUCUGGCCUCACCUUAGCAUUACUUUAGAGAUUGAGCCUAAAUUGGGGAUUUAUAGGUUUUGUUGGAGAAUAGUUUAGCAAGUGAUAGAAACCCAAAGCUUUCAAGGUAAACGGUCAAGUUCCACAGUCAAA